CGCCCCCCGUCGGCCAGUUUCCUGUCAGGAGCGAAUGGCUGAGGCUGGGCCCGGCUCGGAGGGGAGGAGUGAGGCGCUGUCGUUGCGCGCCGCGGACGGACUCGGACGCUCCUUCGUGCGCGCCGCGGCUUCCUCAGGCUGAGGCGGCGUGGGGAGAAGAGUUUGAGAACAUUAAAAAGGCGAUAAUGCACCAUGGCAGUGGUCCUCAGAAUGCCCAGCGUCAGCUUCAGAGGUCCCGCUCCUUCACUGGCAGUGAGGGUGAAGAUCAGCAGGCAAACCUGCCACAGUCCCCAGCACCAUCGUUUGCGCCUUCCGCAAGCCCCUCUGCACCACAGUCUCCUGGCUACCAGAUCCAGCAGUUUAUCAUGAGCAGAAGCCCAGUCGCUGGGCAGAAUGUGAACAUUACCUUGCAAAAUGUUGGAUCCGUUGCCACAGGCAACCAGCAGAUCACACUUACCCCGUUGCCCAUCCCCAGUCCGACAUCCCCGAGUUUCCAGUUCAGUCCUCAGCAAAGGAGAUUUGAUCACGGGUCGCCGUCGUACAUUCAAGUUACUUCACCAUUGCCCCCGCAGGUUCAGUCUCAGAGCCCCACACAGCCUAGUCCUGUGCCAGUUCAGACCAUUUCGAAUGUUCGGGCAGGUACGCCAGGGCCUGGCCUGGGUAUGUGCAGCCAGAGCCCAACACGUAGCUUUGUUGACGCGAGCGUGCUGGUGAGGCAGAUCAGCCUGAGCCCUUCCAAUGGUGGACAUUUUGUAUAUCAGGAAGGCUCUGGCAUCGCCCAGAUUUCUCAAGGUGGCACUGCUCAAGUACAGCUGUCGUCUUCUGCAGCACCUUCUACAGUUAGAGAACGCAGGCUGUCACAGCCCCAUUCCCAGACUGGAGGCACCAUCCACCACCUUGGUCCGCAGAGUCCUGUAGCUAGUGGAGCAAAUAUUCAGCCUUUACCAAGCCCGGGUCACAUAACAACAAACAACCUUCCACCGCAAAUCAGCAACAUCAUCCAAGGAAUGCAGCAGCAGCAAGUGCUCCAGGGGCAACAAUUGAGCAGGCCGCUCGGGUAUGACAGGGCUUCUGCUGGGCUGAUAGCUGGGGUUGGAGGGCCUUCUGCUUUUGGAAUGACAUCACCACCGCCUCCCACAAGUCCUUCCCGAGCCAGUAUCCCACAAGGACUGACAAGCCUCCCUCUUGCUCCAUCUGUCUGUGCUGUGGUGAAAAAGCCCAAAAAACUGGAGGAGAUUCCACCAGCCACUCAAGAAGCUGCACAGAUGAGAAAACAGUGUUUGGAACACCACCUCAAGCAAAUGGAAAUUCUGAAAGAUGCUUUCAAAGAGUAUUUGAUUGAGUUGUUUUUCCUGCAACACCUUCAAGGAAACAUGAUGGAUUUCUUAGCGUUUAAGAAGAAGCAUUGUAUGCCAUUGCAAACAUACCUUAAGCAAAGUGACUUGGAUUUGGAGGAAGAGGAAGAAGAGGAACAGUCAGAGGUUAUCAACGAUGAGGUAAAGGUUGUGACAGGAAAGGAUGGGCAGACUGGUACUCCUGUUGCUAUAGCAACCCAGCUUCCUCCAAAUGUUUCUGCUGCUUUUUCAUCUCAGCAGCAACCAUUUCAGCAGGCGCAUGCAGGGGCUCCAGUAACAGGAACUGUGAAUUCCAUAGAAAUUGAAGCUUUUAAAAGACAACAAGCACUUACUUCAGCAGAUUCGUCUAAGAGACCCCGAAUUGAAGUGGGCCGUCAUGGGAUGGUUUUUCAGCAUCCAGGCGUGACUUCAGGAGUCCCUCUUCAACAGCUUAUGCCAACAGCACAAGGUGGAAUGCCUCCCACCCCUCAGGCGGUGCAACUCACGGGGCAGAAGCAGAACCAUCAGCAGUAUGACCCCUCCAAGGGGCCUCCUGUGCAGAAUGCGGCAAGUCUACACACUCCUCCCCCCCAGCUGCCGGGGAGACUGCAGCCCGCCAACGUCCCACUGGCGUCCCUCCCGGCGGCGCUUCAGCUCACACCGCAACAGCCUCCACCGCUCCCGGAUGCGCCAGCGCCACCUCCGAUCCACGUGAAGGCCCAGCCCCAGAAUGUCUCGGUCGCCACCGCCACCACGUCUGUGCCCCAUAGCCAAGUUCAGAUGCCGCUUCAGCAGCAGGCUCAGCCAACAGCACACGUGCAGGGACAGCUAACGGUGCAGGUUUCACAGCCCCAAGCUCCGGCACAGCAGCAGGCUGUGACACUGGCCAGAGCCCCAGCAGACUCCGUCCAAGUCUCUCAGCGUCUUUCAGCAAACACCCUUCCUCCCACCCCGUCCAACCCACCAGCAGUCGUUUCCAGCGGGGUGCCUCAGUCCACGUACCCAGCCCAGACAAACCGAACCUCGCCAGUGACCAAUAAAUCAGCAUCUCCCAUCGCCACAAAGCCUCCAGGCUUGGCAGUGACCACGGCACCAAAGACACAGAGUCCCACGCAGAAUGCAAACACACUGCCACAGGACAGCUCCCAGGAAAAGCUGGCCGAACAAGUGAAGCUGGAGAACCAAGUCCACCAGCGAAUAGCAGAGCUGAGGAAGGAAGGCUUGUGGUCUCUGAGGCGGCUGCCUAAACUUCAAGAGGCCCCCAGACCCAAGUCGCAGUGGGAUUAUCUCCUGGAGGAAAUGCAAUGGAUGGCCACAGACUUUGCUCAGGAGAGGAGGUGGAAGAUGGCCACUGCUAAGAAGAUGGUUCGCACUGUGGUUCGCUAUCACGAGGAAAAGAAGCUGAAUGAAGAGAGGGCCAAGAAGGAGGAGCAGAACAAGCUGAGGCGCAUUGCUGCAACCAUUGCAAGAGAAAUUGAAUAUUUCUGGUCAAAUAUUGAACAGGUUGUGGAAAUAAAACUGCAGAUUGAAUUUCAAGAGAAAAGGAGGAAAGCUUUAAAUUUAAAGAGACAUUCAAGGAAAGGUAAAGAUGCAAGACAUUUAGAAGAUAUUCUGCUGGAAAAAGAAAUGGACUUGAGUUCUUGGUCAUCCGGAAGAAAGAGAAAGGCGAGCUUGUCACUGACGGAUGAUGAAGUUGAAGAUGAGGAGGAAACCAUUGAAGAGCAGGAAGCUAAAGAAGGCAAUGUCAAUUAUCAAACAGAGCUGUCCACCUUGGCCAAAGAAGCCGAGCUCCCACUGGAUGAUUUGAUGAAGAUGUAUGAAGGUGCCUUUGCAGAGAAUUUUCACUGGCCCCAGCCGAAACCCGAAGAGGAGACAAGUGAGGAAGAAAUGGAAGACCACGUAGCUGAGAAGGAACUCCUUCAGAAGGACACGAUCCUGAUUGACUCCCUCCUCAGCAUCGAUCAGUAUAAAGGUGCAGAGAGAGCGGUUCCAAUCAAGAAACACGGGAGGGACAUAGCAGAGGUGGCUGCUGCAGCAGAAACCCUCUUGCCAAAAGGUAGUGCCCGGAUCACAACCACGGUUAAAUACAACACUCCGCCCCUCUUGUACGGCUCCCUUCGAGAGUAUCAGAAGAUUGGUUUAGACUGGCUAGCCAAGCUGUACAAGAAGAAUCUCAAUGGCAUUUUGGCAGAUGAGGCCGGGCUUGGCAAAACGGUGCAAGUCAUUGCCUUUUUUGCUCAUCUGGCCUGUAACGAGGGCGACUGGGGUCCUCAUCUGGUGGUUGUUCGGAGUUGUAACAUACUGAAAUGGGAGCUUGAGCUGAAGCGUUGGUGCCCUGGUUUGAAAAUCCUGCUCUAUAUAGGCAGCCAGCGAGAACUCCGAGCAAAGAGACAGGAGUGGAUGGAACCCAACAGUUUUAAUGUAUGCGUCACUUCCUACAAGCAGCUAUUUAAAGGCCACCAGGCAUUCAUGAAGAUGCGAUGGAAAUGCCUUGUUGUUGACGAGAUGCAGCAGAUUAAAAACAUGACAGAGAAGCACUGGGAAGCGCUUUUCACUCUCCGCAGCCAACAUCGCUUGCUCCUGAUCGAUACACCUCUGCACAACACCUUGAUGGAAUUGUGGACCAUGGUCCACUUCCUGAUUCCAGGAAUCUCCAAACCUUACUUGGAUUUCCCUGUGAAAGCAGCCAAUGAGGAGAAUCAGGAUUACUGUCAUAAACUGGUCAUCAGGUUACACCGAAUGAUCCAGCCAUUUAUUUUGCGGAGAUCAAAAAGAGACGUUGAGAAGCAGUUGACAAAGAAAUAUGAGCACGUACUUAAAUGUCGGCUUUCAAACAGGCAAAAAGUGAUGUACGAAGAUGUCAUCCUUCAGCCAGGAACCCAAGAUGCUCUUAAAAGCGGGCAUUUUGUCAGCGUUCUUCACGUUUUGAUGCAGCUGCAAAAGAUCUGCAACCACCCGGAUCUGAUAAACCCUCGGCAAUCUAGUUCCUCCUUUGUCUUGGAGGCCCUGCAAUAUAGAACUGCUUCUGUGGUUUUAAAAGCCCUUGAAUGCAAUCUGUGGAAGGUUACAGACCUGAGUCUCUUUGAUUUGAUUGGGAUUGAGAAUAAAAUGACUCGGUACGAGUCGCAAGUGCUGCCGAAGCAAAAAGUGACCAGAAAGCUCAUAGAAGAAAUCUACACCUCUCCCUUACCUCUGCCGAGGCCUAAUCCAGUAAAGCUGAAGCCAAGCAGGUUGUUCCAACCUGUUCCAUACGGUCAGAAGCCGGAAGGCAGAACAGCGUCUUUUCCCAGCACCCAAGUGCAACGCACGACAACUGCAGCCACAGUCGCUCAGCAGGGACAAGUGCGAGGCAGGUCACCUAUGACCGCAGUGUCUGCAAAUCAAGCCGCCGCCACCGCCUCCUCCGCAGCACCACAGUUUCAGCCAGCUCAGUCUUCCAUCAGUGCUCCUCCAAGACCGCAGCCAGCAGUGACCUUCGCCACCGCAACUAGCCCGGCCAAUCCUGCGAAGCAGCGGGGCCAGAGCGCUGCGCAGGCCUUGCCACUAAGCCAGGCCCCGGCCCAGGUUCCCCCACACACCAUCCAGCAGAGUGUCCUGCCUCAGAGGCUGGUACUGACCUCUCAGGCUCAGGCACGGUUGCCCAGUGGCGAAGUCGUAAAAAUGACCCAGCUGACCUCCGCUGCAGGAGCACAGGGCAGAAUCGCACAGCCGGAAACCCCUGUGACGCUGCAGUUUCAAGGAAACAAGUUCACGUUGUCUCACAGCCAGCUUCGCCAGCUCACGGCAGGGCAGCCUCUGCAGCUGCAAGGCAGCGUCCUGCAGAUUGUGUCUGCUCCUGGGCAGCAGUACUUGCGGCCUCAGGGGACAGUGGUCAUGCAGACAGUGUCACAGGCCGGGACCGUUCAAAACGCUCUGAACGCUUUGGGAAACCAGCACCUUGCCAGCUUGCCCACUUCAGCAGUAACGCAGCAAGUGUGUGUUCCAGGUAGAGCUAUGAGUACUAAUUUAGCUUCCGGAGACUCAGCUUCAGCUUUAAAACCAAGCCUUAUUCAUGGAGGACACGCCCAGGAGUCCUUUGAGGAAAAGAACAGACUUCUGAAGGAGCGCCUGGACCGACUCUUUUCUUGCAACGAGCGACGCUGUUCCAGAGCACCCAUGUAUGGCCGAGACCUUGUGGCCAUCUGUUCUCUGGUGGGCGACCGAAAGUCGUGUCCUCAGUUUUCCACCGGGACAAGCAAAUGGAGCUGGGCUGGCUUCGCAAACUGCCGCAUCUCGCGGAACACUUCCGGGGACCCUCGCAGUCCAUUGCAAGGGCUGAUGUGGAUGUUGGAGCAGCAGCGGGAAUCCCUGAGGGAUGCUGUGAACAGGGUCCUCUGUGUGCUGCCGGCCGCAGUGGCUGCCGCUCCAUCUUUGCACGUGGCCAAGCUUCCCCCGCUGUAUAGCCACAAGAUGAAACUUCUCCGGCACCACCUGAAAGAGGAGGCAUCCCCUUGCCUGCAGCAGCUGCAGCAGAUCAUCGCCCCGCGGUUGCUUCAGUUUCCUGAUCUCCGGCUUGUGCAGUGUGACGCAGGGAAGCUGGAAGCCCUGGCGGUCUUGCUUCAGAAGCUGAAAUCGGAGGGGCGCCGGGUGUUGAUCUUAUCCCAGAUGAUUCUCAUGCUGGACAUCUUGGAGCUGUUCUUGAAUUUCCAUUUCCUCACUUACGUGAGGAUCGAUGAGUGUGCCAGUCAGGAAGAGCGCCAGGAACUGAUGAAGACCUUCAACAGAGACAAGCGCAUUUUCUGUGCGAUCCUUUCUUCGCAUAGCCGCUCCACGGGCGUCAACCUUGUGGAAGCCAAUACGGUCGUGUUCUAUGACAAUGAUUUAAAUCCAGUGAUGGACGCAAAGGCUCAGGAAUGGUGUGACAGAAUUGGCCGGUGCAAGGACAUCCAUAUCUACAGGCUUGUCAGUGGGAACUCAGUAGAAGAGAAGUUCUUAAAGAAUGGCACUAAGGAUUUGAUCCGAGAAGUAGCUGCUCAGGGAAACGAUUAUUCAAUGGCCUUUUUAACACAGCAAACAAUUCAGGAACUUUUUGAGGUUCAUUCUCCGAUGGAAGAUUCUGGCUUCCGGGUAAAAGCAGAAGAAUUUGUGAUGCUUUCACAGGAGCCGUCUCCAGCAGAAACUAUCUCCCCCAAAGUGGCCAGGCCUUUUAUAGAGGCUCUGAAAAGUACAGAGCGAGAGGCAGAGGAAGAGGAGCUGAACACAUGCCUUCCGGAUGCAGAGACUGGGUUGGCUUUAGACCCUUUUGUUUCGGAACUUGGCAAUUCCCAGUACCUUGAUGAGCCUUCGCCACUGCAGGAGUUGGUUGCCAUAGUAGAUCAGCUCACUCCGAUUGAAAAAUAUGCUUUAAAUUACCUGGAGCUCUUCCAUGUUUCCACCGAUGAGAGUGAACCAAAACAAAAUGAGGUGGAAGUGAGAAUUGCCAAAAAGGCCUGGGAGACUCAGCAUCUGAAGGAGCUAAAAGAUCAAGAGGAGAAAAUGCUUUUGGAUGGUGGGGAGGAGGAAUUUCUUACCUACACCCGGGAAGAUGCAUAUAACAAAGAAUAUAUUUAUGAAGGCCCAGAUGGACAAACUGAAAUAAUGCCACUCUGGACCCCCCCAACUCCGCCUCAGGAUGACAACGACAUUUACAUUGACGCUGUUAUGUGUCUGAUGUAUGAGAACACCCUGAUCCCGGAAUCCAAGCUGCCUCCCGUGUAUGUCAGGAAGGAGCGGAAACGCCACAAAACGGAUCCAUCGGCUGCAGGCAGGAAGAAGAAGCAGCGCCACGGGGAAACUGUCAAUCCUCCUCGGUCACUUUUUGACCGAGCCACCCCAGGCAUGCUGAAAAUGCGGCGGGAAGGCAAAGAGCAGAAGAAGAACAUCCUGUUGAAGCAGCAGACGCAGUUCGCCAAGCCCUUGCCCACCCUGGUGAAGCCGGCGGCCGAGGCCGGCCAGGACAACCCCGAAUGGCUCAUCAGCGAAGACUGGGCCCUCCUCCAGGCCGUGAAGCAGCUGUUGGAGCUGCCCCUCAACCUCGCCCUGGUGUCUCCGGCUCACACCCCCAACUGGGACCUCGUCAGCGACGUGGUGAACUCCUGCAGCCGGGUGUAUCGCUCCCCGAAGCAGUGCCGCAACCGCUACGAGAACGUGGUCAUUCCAAGAGAGGAAGGGAAGCUUAUGUAUGAAGCGAACCCUAAGAAGAAGACAAAAAGCAUUUAUAAGACAUUUAAUGAAUUAAUUCCUGCAACGCCCCAUCAGACAAAGAACAGUCGUCCGCUUCGUACCAAUCAGCUGUAUGCCCAAGACGAAGGCUCGACCCACACCCAGCUCUACACGAAUCAUUUUGAGAUUAUGAAAAUGAUUGCUGGGAAGAGAAGCCCACCCAUAAAACCCUUGCUCGGCAUGAAUCCUUUCCAGAAGAAUCCCAAGCACACUUCAGUAUUAGCAGAAAGUGGCAUCAACUACGAUAAGCCACUCCCGCCCAUUCAGGUCGCAUCCCUCCGAGCCGAGCGCAUCGCAAAGGAGAAGAAGGCGCUGGCUGAGCAGCAGCGGGCCCAGCAGCAGGCCGGGCCACAGCAGCAAGCCGCCCAGCAGCAGCCUCCGCAGGGAGCGGUCCAGCAGGCCCAGGCUCAGCCCCAGGCACAGGCACAGGUGGUGCAGCAGCCCCAGGCCGUGGUGCAGGCGGCCGCAACCACCGUGGCGAACACAGCAGUGCUGGCUGGCACAAUGAAAACCUCAGUGACUGGAACGAGCAUCCAGACAGCCACAGUGAGUGGGAACGUCAUUGUGAACACGGUGGCUGGCGUCCCGGCAACCACCUUCCAGCCGAUCAACAAAAGGCUGGCUUCAUCUGUGAUCCCCGGAACGCUGGCCGCUUCAGGAGGGACUGCUGCAGCCCAGGUGGUCCAUACCCAGCAGAGAGCAACGGCCGCACCCGCUGCGCCUGCGGAGUUGGUCACCAUCGCAUCGACUCCCGGGGUUCGAGCAGUGACGUCCGUGACGGCCUCGGCCGUGGUCACCACUAAUCUGACUCCAGUCCAAACCCAGGCGAGAUCCUUGGUCACUCAGGUCACACCAGCAGCUCCAGCAGGUGUGCAGCUUUCAGGAAAGACCAUCACCCCGGCACACUUCCAGCUUCUGCGGCAGCAGCAGCAGCAACAGCAGCAGGCCGCAGGCCAAGUGCAAGUCCCCCAGAUUCAGACCCAGGCUCAGGCCCAGUCGCCAGCCCAGAUUAAGGCUGUGGGCAAGCUAUCCCAGGAGCAGCUCAUCAAGUUGCAGAAGCAGAAGCUGCAGCUCCCCCAGCAGCAGGCGCAGCCCGGAGCCCAGCAGCAGGCCACUCAGGUCCAGGUGCAGCAGCAGCCGCAGCCGCAGCAGCCCCAGCAGCUGGCGGCGGUGGCAGCGCCGAGGCCGGGGGCCGUCCUCACCGGCACCGCCGUCACAAACCUCCAGGUCGCCCGUCUGACUCGUGUCGCCGCUUCCCAGCUCCAAGCACAAGGCCAGAUUCAGGCCCAGACGCCGCAGGCCGCGCAGGUGGCUUUGGCCAAACCUCCCGUGGUGUCCGUCCCGGCCGCCGUGGUGUCCUCCGCCGGGGUCACCACGCUUCCCGUCACUGUCGCUGGGAUCAGCGUUGCCAUUGGGCAGCCACAGAAGGCCGCAGGAGGGCAGACCGUGGUGGCUCAGCCGCUCCACGUCCAGCACCUGUUGAAGAUGAAGCACCAUCAGGCGGCCCAGCAGCAGAAAGCCAUCCAGCCUCAGGUUGCCCAGGGACAAGCCGGCGUUCAGCAGAAGAUCAGUGCCCAGCAAGUCACCGUCCAGGCUCAGCAGCAGCCGUCGCAGCAGCAGAAAGUCUACGCAACUCAGCCAGCCAUUAAAGCACAGUUCCUGCCAACAUCCAUUUCUCAGGCCCAGAAACCUGGUGUAACGCAGCAGGUGCAAACGCAAAUACAGGUCGCAAAGAUCCCACAAGUGGUCUCGCAGCAGCCAACUGUGGCCAAUAUCCAGCAGGUGGUUUCGGUGUCCCAGCAGGUCCAGGCUCAGCCGCAGACGGUGACUUUGUCCCAGACAACGGCCGGGCAGCAUCAGGUCCAGGUGAUCCCUGCCACCACCGCCACCGCUCAAGUGGUCCCGCAGAAACUGAUACAGCAGCAGGUGGUCACCACGGCCUCCCCGCAAAUCCAGGCCCCCGGGGUCCCGAAUCCGGCCCAGGCACCCGCGGCGUCGGACAGCCAGACGCAGCAAGCCAAAGUGCAGAUGAGGGCCCCCGUCAGACUGAAGGCUCCCAACAAGCCCAGCUGAGCCCCCGGCCUGUCGGCGGCGAACGAGGGCACAGAGCUGUUCACGCCUUCCGGAAUCUGGCGAAGAGCGGGGCCAAGCAGCCGCCUGCACGCAGAGCGAGGCUGCGCGGCAGAGACCCCUUCUCGACGCUGCGUAUUGGGAGCCCCGCUUCCAAACAGACUUCCAAGGAGGCUGCUUGCCUGAACCACUCAUCGUGUAAAUAUGGAAAGACUCCAUCUUCGCUGCUCUGUUUUCACAAGCAAGAAGGCUGCUUGCAAGGAUCUGUAGCCACUUGGUCCCACGUUCCGUUGCAUCAUCACCGCUGCGAGGGGGAGAUCUGCCGUGGGACAGGGUGGCCGUGCCUUUCAAAGCCAGAACCCGCUCCACUUUUCUAGAAGUUGAGUUGUGACAAGCCCUUCAAAAAAAUGGAUGGGGGGGAGUAGGAAAGAGCGUUGGAAGCUCUCCCUGCAAUGUUUAGCCAGUAAAUGUGAAGAUUUGUAAGUAUCUGUAAUUAUGAAGCAUAUUUCGGUCUCCAUCUUUUCUAAGGUUUUUUUUUUAAAGCAUUUCCUAGUUACGUGUUGGGGUGUUUUUUUGGUGUAGUUUUUUGAAGCACCAUCUUUAGGCUUUUGCUCCUGUUUUCCAUGACUAAGGUAAUACAUAUUCUAAGCAUGUCUUCGUGGGGGUGGGGCGGG